CAUUGCCUCCAGGGGAUGGGGGUGGGGUGAAUAUAUGCUGAACUAACUGAAUGAUAGCACUGUAUUUGGGGUACUUAUAAAAGACUUCACAUGACAGAACCACCAGCCAGCAGUCACACCGCACACCAGUCAGUCAAAGCAAAAACCAGGCUUAGUUGGUUUUACUUCCUUUCCUAAAAGUAGUCAACUCAGCCAAAGUUCAGUUCUCCCUUCAGGCAUUUUUUUUUAGAAGAAAGUCCCGGGAAUUAAUGUGGCAAAUUAUUUUAAUGAUUGAUUUUACCAUCUCAAGUGGUGGGCCUGCCUAAUUCAUCUCUAGUAUUCUCAGCCCUAGCACAAUGCAGAGAAAUGGAGAAAUGCCCGGAUAGGGUGGUGUUGGAUGACAGGAAGAAAAGAAUGCAAACAUUGCUUCUAAGCUCAAGAGGGCAGGGGUUUUUAUGUGUUGAGAUCAUUGUCAUAUUCCCAGUGCUUAGAAGAGUGCCUGGCACAGAAUAGGUGCUCAGCAAAUAAUUACCCAGCUAGUGGAUGUAUGCACAGGUGGGUGCACAGGUGGCUGUCUGGAGUGGAAAGGUGAGUGGGUGGAUGGUUGGCUGAAUGAAUGGUGGGUGGAUGAAUGGAUGGAUGAGAGGAUGAAUAUAUGGAUGGGUGGGUGUGUGGAGAGAUGGAUAGACGACAGGAUGUAUAAGUAAAUGGAUGGGUAGAGGCUGGAAGUUUGGAUGGUUGGACAGAUGGAUGAAUUGGUAGGUGGAUGGACGGAUGGAUGGAAGGAUGGAUGAGUGGAUGGAGAGGAUGGUUAGAUGGGGAAUGGACUGGUGAGUAGGUGAGUAAAUGGAUGGAGAGUAAAUAGGCAGAUGAAUGGACAGAUAGAUGAAUGGGUGGGUGUUUGGGUGGAUCAUAUGACCAAAUGGAUGAAUGAAAGAAUGAGUGUGUGACUGCUAAAUGUACAAAAUCUUUAGUGACCAGGAUGGUUUUGAUCUCCUCACAGGGUUUUCUGACUGCUGCUUCCUCCCCCCACUGAGUAUCUCAGCUGGAGGCCGGGGUGGGAGGUAGAGGAGGAUGGCCACGGAAAUCAGUGCCCGGAAUAGACAGCGUGUCAUUGGGAAUGAGGAGUACAGCCUGUACAGCAGCCUGAGCGAGGAUGAGCUGGUCCAGAUGGCCAUCGAGCAGAGCCUGGCUGACAAAACACGGGGCCCCACCACUGCUGAGCCCACCGUACCUGCUGGUGCCACCAACCACCCACCCGCCCAUUCCUACCCGUGGACCAGGUCCGCUGCGCAGCCUGAGCGCCCGCCAACCUCAGCCCACUUGGGCUUGUUCCAAGGGGUCAUGCAGAAAUACAACAGCAGCUUGCUCAAGACAUCCCAGCCAGUGGACCCAGUGAUAAAGGCCAUCAAGGACGGCGAUGAGGAGGCUCUGAAGGCCAUGAUCCAGGCGGGGAAGAGCCUGGACGAGCCCAACAAGGAGGGCUGGAUACCCCUGCAUGAAGCAGCCUACUACGGCCAGCUGGGCUGCCUGAAGGUCCUGCUUCGAGCAUAUCCGGGCACCGUGGACCAGCGCACCCUGCAGGAGGAAACGGCCCUCUACCUGGCGACAUGCAGGGGACACCUGGACUGUCUCCUGUCUCUGCUGCAGGCUGGGGCGGAGCCUGACAUCUCCAACAAGUCCCGAGAGACACCGCUCUAUAAAGCCUGUGAACGCAAGAAUGUGGAGGCGGUAAGGAUUCUGGUGCAAUACAACUCAGACACCAACCAUCGCUGCAACCGAGGCUGGACAGCUCUGCAUGAGUCCGUCUCCCGCAAUGACCUGGAGGCUAUGGAGAUCCUGGUGAGCGGAGGUGCCAAGGUGGAAGCCAAGAAUGCCUACGGCAUCACCCCUCUGUUUGUGGCUGCCCAAAGUGGGCAGCUGGAGGCCCUGAGGUUCCUGGCCAAGCACGGUGCGGACAUCAACACACAGGCCAGCGACAGCGCGUCCGCCCUCUACGAGGCCUGCAAGAAUGCGCAUGAGGAGGUGGUGGAGUUUCUCCUGUCGCAGGGUGCCGACGCCAACAAGACCAACAAGGACGGCAUGCUGCCCCUGCACGUGGCUGCCAAGAAGGGCAACAACAGGAUCGUGCAGAUGCUGCUGCCGGUGACGAGCCGCACGCGCGUGCGCCGCAGUGGCAUCAGCCCGCUGCAUCUGGCGGCCGAGCGCAACCACGACACGGUGCUUGAGGGGCUACUGAACGCCGGCUUCGACGUGAACGCGCCGCUGGCGCCCGAGCGCGCGCGCCUGUACGAGGACCGGCGCACCUCGGCGCUCUACUUCGCCGUGGUCAACAACAACGUGCACGCCACCGAGAUGCUCCUGCUGGCCGGCGCCGACCCCAACCGCGACAUUCUCAACCCGCUGCUCGUGGCCAUCCGCCACGGCUGCCUGCGCACCAUGCAGCUGCUGCUGGACCACGGCGCCAACAUCGACGCCUACAUCGCCACGCACCCCACCGCCUUCCCCGCCACCAUCAUGUUCGCCAUGAAGUGCCUGACGCUGCUCAAGUUCCUCAUGGACCUCGGCUGUGACGGCGAGCCCUGUUUCUCGUGCCUCUAUGGCAACGGCCCGCACCCGCCAGCCCCCGCGCGCUCCAACCGCUUCAGCGACGCGCCCACCACUGACAAGGGGCCCAGCGUGGUGCAGUUCUGCGAGAUCCUCUCGGCCCCGGAGGUGAGCCGCUGGGCGGGGCCCAUCAUUGACGUGCUCCUGGACUACGUGGGCAAUGUGCAGCUCUGCUCGCGGCUGAAGGAGCACAUUGACAGCUUUGAGGACUGGGCGGUCAUCAAGGAGAAGGCAGAACCUCCGAGACCUCUGGCUCACCUUUGCCGGCUGCGGGUUCGAAAGGCCAUUGGGAAGUAUCGGAUAAAACUCCUAGACACCUUGCCGCUGCCGGGCAGGCUGAUUAGAUACCUGAAGUAUGAGAACACCCAGUAGCCGGCCGUAGGGACGAUGGAGUGGCAUCUCAGUUUGUGUUUGCUAAGUCUCAGGAUGGUGGCAUCCCCAAGUCUGAGGGGACCUGGAUAGAUGAGGCUGCAGGCCUCCUCCCCAUCAGCUGGGGCUGCACCGUGGUCUCGGAAGGUCUCUGGGCCAGAGCUUUGCCCAGAGCAGAGGACAGACCAUGUCAAGUAGAAGAAAAGUCAUGUUUGUUCUCAAACCAGAGAGUAGAUCCCAGACCUUCUCUGCUGUUGGGAAUGGCAGAGACCUCUGAUCCUGGGGCCAGAGAGGCCAGCUGAGGAAGGGGGACCAUCAGGGGACCCCCCCAGCCCCCAACUCAGUUGGAGAACUUUUAGGGACAAGUCUGCUUUUCCUGGACAGCCUCACUGCAGAUUUCCCGGUGCCUCUCCCACUUUGUGAAACCCUGCGCCUGUCUUCUGAGCUUUCGCCAUGAAGACAUAGCCCAGGGCCGGGAGGCCUUCGGUCCCUGAGGGCUGUGUUCAGUACAAUAAACACUGCACGGGUGACACCCUGCCUGGCACAGUCCCCUCGCCAGACUCCCCCAAGGCCUGUGGUCCUCAGCACUGCCUCUGGCGGGAGUGGGGGCUGGGCGGGGUGAGGGCAGAGUUACGUGUCACCUUUGCUUGGCCUUCUGAAACAGCAAGAGGCUGUGUUCUUCACGCACCAGGAGAGACCGCUGGCUUGUGUUGGGGGUGGGCGUGGGGGGCUCUCUCUCCUGGUUCAGCCACCAUGGAAACGGGAGCUUCGUCACAAGCAGGGUCUCCCGACACUGGGGUUGUCCUGCACACAUGUGUUCCUUGGCACCCUGUCUUCACUUUCUGCUCCUCCUGUUUUGCUACAAAAGUGAGACAUGGGGGGAGAAAAACAAUAAAAAUGAUCUGGAUGCUUCUGUGAGCAAAGGUGCUGAAAUGAUGGCCAUCAUUGCCCCGGCAAAGACUCUGAACUUGGGUGUGUGAGCAGCCUGUCCCCUCCCUCUGUGGGCACAGAGUGAGCUGGGGCAGAGCGAGGUCCCGGAGCUGGUGUGUCCGUUUCUAGGGAAACUACAGUGACUUAUCUGCAGUCUUUGCAAGUGUGCUGAAAGCCCCCUGAGUCUGGGCUGCUCUGCACUGAUGCUAGAGCCGGCCGCCUUGCUGAGUGCCAUGUCAGGCCAGGACCUGGUAGAGCCUUAGGAGGUCAGAUGCAGUUUCUGCUGACCACGUGGCCUCUUUCCGUGAGCAUGGCCUGCAAGAGUGAGGGGCACUGGCUCCAGGCCCAGCUCUGCCGUUGGCCUGCCCCUCUAAGGCCUCAGUUUCCUCAUCUGUACAGAGACGGCACUGGGUUGGUUUACAGCAGAGUGUGGUGCUGGGUGGCCCCUAGUGGCCUUGCUGGCUUUGACAUUCUGGGUUUUCAUGAAAUCAAUAAAUCUCAGGGUCUGCGUGAAGAGGAAAACACCCAUCAAGCAGUACUUCCCAGCCACGGGGACUUGGCCACGUCAUACCCACUUCCUCACAGUACCUAUGAGAAAAAGGCCCAGAGAGGGGAGGGAGCUUGCCUGGGCACACACAGCAGGCCCUGGGGAUUCAGCCCACUAGUUCAGGGACAUAAUCUCAGGUGGCCUUGCUGCAGACCAGGCAGAGCCUGCAGGAUCUCCCCCCGCUCCGCCACUGGGGGUGCUCAGCCCCGAGGGCUCAGGGGAUGUUACCAAAUAGGGUUCAGCGUGUGAUUAGGAGGAAACUCUGACUGGAAAAUGCCUUGCUGGCCCAGCAGUUCAGAGGGAGAGCAUUUAAUCUCAGACGUUGCAGCGGGGAUGACAGGGUGCCAGAAAGGGAUUGUUUGGGGGGCACUGGAGUGGGCUGGGUAUCAGGUAAACCCUUAAACUAGGCAUUUCACAGAUCACUUAUAUGCUGGAGUCCUAACAGGCAGGGGCCAGGAUCUCUCCCCAUCUGAGGUCGGAGGGGGACGCUGCCCCAGGGAAAUGCCCCCUGGAGGAUGUGAGGCUGAAGAAGUAGGUGAGAGGGAUAGUCCAGGCUCGGGCAGCACCUACAAAGCCCUGCCUCUCGGGAGCUGGGCUCCUUCCCUGGCAGUGUGGCUGGUUGGAUGGUCUGAGCACCGUGUCUCUGUGGGCCACACUGUCUGCGAACAUGAUUGUGACAGUGUGUGGCAGGACCCCCAGACGCCACCAGGUCACUUGUGAUUUGUGCAGGGUUUCCUCACACAGGUUAAGGAACUUGCCCACGAUCACACAGCUUGUAGGUGGCAGGGCUGGGAUGCGAGCCUAGAUGAUCUGGUCCAGGGUGUGUGCUCCUAACUCUGGGCAUUAGGAGGGGCUGAGACACAUCAGAAUGGAUCUGAAAGAGCCGCCAUGGCGACAGCCUCUCAUUGCUCCUUAAGACCAGAGCAGUUUGAGGCUGAGAGUCCCACCUGAGGACUCCCCAACCCGUGUGCCACACAAUUGCUCAAAACAGCUCUGCCUUUGGUGCACCAGCUUCCAUGGCUCCAGAGCAUCUGAGGGCAUGGGACAGAAACCACCAGAAUCCGGCCACGCUGUGAGUGAGCACCCCUUCUAUGGGGACUCCUUGCUCCAGAGGAGCCUGGAGCAAAAACAAGGCAGAGUAGGAAAGGCCUUUAGCCCUCACCAGCACCUGUGUUAGGAAGGAUUCUGAGGCCACCUCGGGCCCCAGAGGAGUCCCGUGGGCAGUCAGUGAUGCCUGUGGGGUGAAGUGGUAGAUGCCUCUCUUUGCUCUCCCCUAGCUAGUCCCCCAUUUUACACAUGUGGAAACUGAGGUACAGAGGGGGGAAUUGUCCAGCAUCAUACUGCUAGUUUGGGCACCACAGUCCCAGCCAGGGCUGGCCCCGUGCUGGGUGUGUCAGUUACGAGCAGUGUGUUGACACCAUGAGCAGCCAGCGCCCCUGGCAGGCCCACACUUGGGCCCACGUGCAGGGAGAGGCCCUCUGUGGCUUGCUAGCUGAGCCCCCUCAGGGCAAACCCAGGCCCCUCCCUGCCACUGGGGCCUCCCUCUGAGCACUGUCCCAGGCACAUCAGUGGAGUGCCUGGUGUGUGCCAGGUGCUGUACCAGGCCCUGGAGAGGGCGAGCCGUAGUUCAUCCGGGAAUCUGCAUUCUCCACACAGUUUCACUUCCUUUUUCUUUUUUGGUCUGUGGACAUAGAAUCAAAGGCUACGCUUAAAAAAGGAAUAAUUCGGUCAAACGACCUGCUACUUUGUCCACAAGGGGCUGAAACUCUGUUUGAACUGAUUCUCCCCUCUGACCAAGGGCCGGGCAGAACCACCUCGGCACUCCCUCUGCUCUGAGGCCAUAAGCGGAGCCAGAAGACACUGCAGAGGGGACUGUUCUCAUCCCACCUCCUCUUUCCUACGGAUGGAGCGAGGGGCCCCCGAGAGGACAGCCCAGCCCCACGUCACAUGAAAACCAGCCUCUGCAUUUUCCAGGGCUUUUGGGAACCCUGGGGCCCAGGCUGGGGACCAUUCAGCUUCGAGACACCCAAGAUGUGGAAACUGCAAAAGAAACGUCUUUAUUCUUUCAACUCUCUUAGUAUUUACAAAGAACAAAAAUGACAACUGAGGCUGGUUUGCACAGUGGUGGCAGAUGAACAGAUGUGGGAGUCUGGU